AUCAGUGUACGGUCCAUGGAAGCCGCAUUGUGUAGAUGGUAGCCUACUUAGUAACCUAAUAGAAUUACAUUGUUGAAAACACGGCACUGUACAUCUUCAGAGCUGUAUGAACUAUAUAUCAGACAAGCAAGAAACACUAUUUGUAUUUUGUUAGAUCAUCAGUGAUUAUUGAAUAAUGCCUUUGAGGACCGGACUUUUUCUUCUAAUGGUGCUGAUUGCAUCUGCAUAUGAACUGGAUCAGAACGAGUCGUAUUCACCCAGAAGAGCCCGCUUUUCAGCAAAUACCCCUUCUGAUGUGGCACGCUGUCUGAACAGUGCCCUCCAAGUAGGCUGUGGAGCUUUCGCCUGCCUGGAGAACUCCACGUGUGACACAGAUGGCAUGCACGACAUCUGCAAGUCCUUUCUCUACAGUGCAGCUAAAUUUGACACUCAGGGCAAAGCCUUUGUUAAAGAAAGCCUCAAGUGCAUUGCCAACGGCAUCACCUCAAAGGUGUUCCCCACCAUCCGCCGCUGCUCCACCUUCCAAAGAAUGAUCUCAGAGGUUCAGGAGGAGUGCUACAGCAAGCUAGAUAUCUGCACUAUCGCCCGCAUCAACCCAGAUGCCAUUGGAGAGGUGGCACAGCUCCCAAGCCACUUCCCCAACAGGUUUUACGGUAAGCUCCUCCAGAGCCUGAUGGACUGUGAUGAGGAGACUGUGGACCUGGUGAGGGCCAGUAUGGUGUCCAGGCUUGGCCCAGAGAUGACUAUUCUCUUCCAGCUGCUGCAGAACAAGCCCUGCCCCUCGGCUGCUGCUGCUAUUGCUGCUGCCAUUCCAACUGGAGUGGAGGGCCGUGGGAGCUUGCAGUGGUCCAUGGGUCCACACAUGUAUAAGAUCCAGCCUGGUCUACGCAACAGAGACUCUGCCAGCCAUUUAGGCAAGAAGCGUGCCACUGGUGACAGCUCCUAACUCCCACUCAGAUCCGGAAACUACACACACCCCUCAAAAACAUAAACAAGCUAACAGUGGUCUCUUCACUUGGGUAUUUAAGAAUCAUUCCUCUCCAGACUGGAAAAUAACAUGCACCUCUAAGAGAAUAGCCAAUGUGUUUCAAGUAUGUUUAACAUCAAAGUUUGAGUUGUUGUGUGAGGUACCUUAGGUUUGAGAGGAUCCCCUCCCCUAAACUAUUUCCUAACUCUUAUCACUCACACUGUUUGUUCAUUGAACAUGUUGUUAUUGUAGCACCACAACUUGGCCCUGUUCAUUCCUGUUCACUUCCCAUACUUGAUAUAGUAUCAUCUGAGAGCCAAGUAUCAUCUGAGAGCCUAGUGAGGAUGAUGUCCCUCUAAGUUUUCUGUCUAGGAUUUCAAGCAUAAACCUGCAGGUAUGGUUCAUAUCUAUAGAGCACAAGUGUUUCCAAAUCAUUUCGGUUGCAAUAUUCAAAUGUGCAUCCAUUAGUAGAAUAUCAAUUGAUAAGUCAACAAUAUCUUCAUCAAUAGAUCAUUAUUAAUAGACGUUUCAUACAGUUUAUGUGAGAUAUUUCUAUAUUAUGAGAUUAGUCAAAUGAGUGUGCUAUAUAAAUCAGUGUCACGUAGUCACUGACACAAACAGGAUUUAUUUAUUUAUUAAUUAUUCGUCUCAGAUGGCCACAGCUAGCUCUGUGAGAGAGGCGUGUCCCUCAGAUGAGAGCAAUCCUAAUCAACUUUGCGCAGGAAGCUACUUUAGACCGACCAAAUAACUUGAAACCACCCAAAAUGUUAUUCAAACCAGACUUAAAUGUGGUGGAAGGUGUUUAGCUAACGCCAAAUACCAGAGAAUAUAGCAUUGUUUAGAUACAACUACAUAUGUUCUGUCCUGAAACACUCAGUUCACAAUAAGUACGGACCAGCAGUGUAACUUAUGAGCAGGUGACCUUCUGAGAUUGAUAGAGGUCACACCCUUGGACUGAUGAACAAUAUUCUCCCUGGUGAAUAUGACACGGAGGGGUUGGAUCAUACACACUGACUUCCAGUGUUGAUAAUGACUAUUUAAAAGCCUUGUUGGUAUAACAUUGAUAUUUAUUUUCCUACUAUAUUUAACUUGUUAUUUUAUGAUGUUGCUGUAGUUUUAGUUACAGAUAUAUACAAUUUUAAAGUGCAGUUUGGUCAUGGCUCCUAUGUCAAUGGGGGCUCAUGAUCAAAUACUAUAGUAUCUGCCAUUCUCCACACUUUCCCCUCUGUUGACUGAAUAGGACUCAUGGUAUGACUCUGUGCUGGACAUAGGGGAACAACAUUGUCACUUAUGUACUGUUGCAAGGGGACUUUGUGUUUAUUUUCCAAACCCAGUUAAUAAUGUUAUAAAGCUAGAGAGAAAUUGUGGUCAAGCCAUUCAUUGUACAUUUAACAAACAGCUAAACUUGAAGACGGAACUGCAAAGCAUUUGCUGAAUCUAUUCUUAACAUCAUGCAAAAUAAUGUAUCUCUCAGAAAGCUUACCCUAGUGACAUAACUCCAUUAAUUAGUGCUUCAACAGGGGGAGAUGAAUUCAUAAGAUGUUGAGCAGUGUAUUCUCACAGUGCACAUGCCUGGCUGAGGGAGACGUACAACAGGGGGAGAUGAAUUCAUAAGAUGUUGAGCAGUGUAUUCUCACAGUGCACAUGCCUGGCCGAGGGAGACGUACAACAGGGGGAGAUGAAUUCAUAAGAUGUUGAGCAGUGUAUUCUCACAGUGCACAUGCCUGGCCGAGGGAGACGUACAACAGGGGGAGAUGAAUUCAUAAGAUGUUGAGCAGUGUAUUCUCACAGUGCACAUGCCUGGCUGGGGGAGACGUACAACAGGGGGAGAUGAAUUCAUAAGAUGUUGAGCAGUGUAUUCUCACAGUGCACAUGCCUGGCCGAGGGAGACGUACAACAGGGGGAAAGAUCAUUAAAGAGAUGUGAUGGUUUUACAAUACAAAAUCAUUUGAAAUGUUAAGAACUCACAAACCUAUGCAAUAAUCUCUCAUAUGGAGGAUUCACAGUAACACACAAACAUGCCCUUUGUCACAAACAAAGCCAGCUGAUGCUGAAUAUAUGUGGCAGCAGCUUAUUUGCUCCCAUACGUAUAGUGAAGUAGCAGACAACGUGCCCCUGGACUCCCCCUUUCUGUUGCUGACUUUGUUGCUGUGGUCUCUGUUGUAUUGUUUUUUUGUUUAGUAUUUUUCUUGGGAUAUAAUAUCUUGCUUUUAGUAGCAAUAUUGUGUAUAUUCAAAAUAAAAAAGUAAGGAAAAAAAUCCCUCAGAAAUGUUAAGACUGUAUUACUUAUGUUACAUGUGCACUUUGCAUCUCUUAUGACCACUAAAGGGCCACUGAAUUGUUCAACACUUGUGAUGGGUCCUUUCUGUACUGUUAAUAUCUCUGUCUGUAAUAGCUGGACAAAUCCAGAACAGUUGCUGCUAAAGAAUAGCUUGCUCCCUUGUAUGAUGGAUUAUAAUUUCCCCUAAAACAUUUACUUGGAUAUCUUUGGUAAAAACCCAUUCACAGAACCUAGCAUCAAUCUGUAAACUUGCAUUUUACCAUUUACAUUCAGUUUGGCACUUCUUCUGGAAUUUGUACAUUUCUUUGAAUGUUGCUUGCAGUGAAUAUAUGCCAAUGGUGUUCUGUUUAUUUCCUCUCCCUUGAGACUAUGCUUAUACAUCCAAGUUCUGGGUAACUUCAGAGAAUGUAUCUUAUAUUGAAUGUCUGUUCUGAUGAGGAUGUGCCCAAACCUAGAUGGUUCGUUAACGUAUCUUAGAAUGUGUGUUUCGUUUAAAGGUGGUGUAUGAAAGUCUGAGAAUUAAAUUAAAUUAACAGACUUACAAGUCAGAUUUUGUUAUUUCAAGACAUGUUUUGUUCAUUAGCCUUUUACUGCAGUGGGCUAAAUCAGGGUCAACAAAUCUAUUUUAGGUGUGUUCAUAAAUUCACUCUGAAGUACCAAUGUGCUCUGGGCGUUUGUAAAUUCAUAGCUUUUUCAGAGCACACACUGCACGCUCUGGCCGAGGAGUAGGAUUGAUCCACGCUUCCUGACCUCACAACUGCACUUAAGCACCCAAGCUAACUGGCUGAAGUUUGCUUGCUAGCUACUUCCAGACACAAAUGACAGAACACCUCACUCUGACCAUUUUACUCACCCCAGCAGAGCUGGUUUUCAUGUUACGUAGAGCGUUGUUGACUAAUUGUUCUGCUGACAACAAUUUAAUUAUGUUUUUUGCUAACAUUUACUGACACCGGUCAUAAAUUGCUCAGUUAUUCUGUGCUUUUGCACACUCAGAUGAGAGUGUCCGGAAAUCGGCGUAGAUAGCCGGAGUGGAUUUACUAACGCACCCUUUGAAACAAAAGUAUACACCUCACACACGUGGUUAUGGGCUUGAUAAAUGAAGACACCUGUACCAUGUAAGAUAUAGAGUUGAAAUGUAUUCCAUUUUAAGUUUGCAUCCCAAUAUUACACUUUGUAUACAUCACAGAACACUGAAAUAUAACAAAACCUUUUGCAAAGAAACACCGGAUCUUAUGCGUUAAAAAAAAUACAUGUUUAUGAAUUAUGAAAAAUAUGAAUAAUUCCACCCAUGAGGCCACUAAUUCCAGCCAGUUGGUCAUUUGACUGCAGGAAAGGGCUACGCUAUUUGUUGCAAAUCAAGAUUAGGGUGAAUUUGGGGUGGUAGGCCUACUGCAUUAUUAGCUAGAUCUAUAGCUAAAUCUAUCCAUAGUGAAAUCAUCAGCAGCAUUUUCUUUUGAUACACUAUACGUUUAGGGCAGGUUGGGGACUGGGCUCCCUGAACUCUGGAACUUCAUGGUACUCGUUCUUCUCAAGACUUGAAAUCAAUAUAAAUACAGUAUAUGUAUACUUUUGCCAGAAUUAAAACUACUGGGGUGAUUAAUAAGAAUUACAUCUUAAUCGUAGUGACAGUUACUUUACUUUCAAAUUCGUCGAUGAAAUUAAUCAGUAAGACAUUUGAGGAGAUUGCUUGCUGAAGUUCCUUAAUACAGUAGCUACUGUAUGUUAAGCAUGAUUGAUCCUUGUAAAUCACUUGCACUUUAAUACAUACUCAUCUACAUAUAUACCCAUACUGUAGAUAUGUAUGGGUUUUUUCUCUGUGCUGAAACUUAUGAAAGAUACAAAUGUAUCAUCUGUGUGUCUUUGCUGAUUAGAAAUAAACUAUUAUCAUAUCUGGCAU